AUGUAUCAAGAAAGGGAAUUAAGUAGCAAGAAAAUUGAGUUUAGAGUAAAUAAUGAAUAUCAAAUCAGACAACCAAAAGGCACGCUUGCCAUUCUUGAUGAACAAAAUAAUUUCAUAGGAUUUAUACUAUCUAAACCUGAAAAAAAGGCAGAUCCGAAAUAUAUCCUUAAAAAAGUUGGGUUUAAACCAGUACAAGCAGAAGUUUCAAUUGAUUUUGAAAGUAAAGAUUAUGAUUUACCAUCUUUAGAUAAUUUGUCAGAUUAUUGUGAAAAACUUGAAGAAUUUAUUGAUAAACUUUAUUUCAAUAAGAACAUAGAAUCUGGUAAGCUUUACAUUCAAGAAAAUGAUAAAAAGUUCACAUUUUGUAAAAAUGCAGAUGGUAGAAUUAGAUUUCAUUAUGAAAAAGCUAUAUAA